UCUCCAAUUUUCAUAUCUUCUUGCAAUCCCUAAAACCCCACGCUCCGUAAAACCCUCCCCAUUGCUUUAUUGAUUGAGAGCAGAGGAAAUUAUUCUGAAUUCCAUCAUGAUUGAAAGCAGAUUGAUUUCACUUCUAAGGAGAAGUAAAUCCGUGACGCAGAAAUUUUCCUCAUCUAAUCCGAGGGAAUGGAAAACGUUUACCACUCCUUGUGGGUUCUCAAAUGAGCACCAAUCAAGAUUUUACUCUUCGUUGCCGAGAUUUAUUCCAGCUGCAAGAACGCCGGUGGCGGGAAGCUGCGUUGGGUAUGGUUUGAGAUCAUUGCUUCAAAGUAAUUGUAAGAACUUUUAUAAGCCACCAUUCAGGAAUUUUUCCACUGCAGCAUCUGUAUCUGCAAAAGAUACAGGAGGAUUGAAGCUCCUUGUAACUGCUGGCCCCCAUGCUCAGAAAGCGGUUGGUAUUUGGCUCUUUGUGUCUGCUGCUUGGGUCUUUAGUAUGGUGGUACUUGGAGGUGUCACACGACUGACGAGAUCUGGCCUUUCAAUGACUGACUGGAAAUUUACCGGUGGUCUUCCUCCACUUUCCGACGAGGAAUGGUUGGUUGAAUUUGAAAAAUAUAAGCAAUCUCCUGAAUACAAACGAGUAAACAAAGGGAUGAGUCUAGACGAUUUUAAGUUCAUAUAUUGGAUGGAGUAUGCCCAUCGUAUGUGGGGAAGGGCACUGGGUAUAAUGUUUGCACUACCAUUCUCAUACUUUCUUCGGAAAGGAUACAUUACGGUACAGUUGGGACUCAGGCUCUGUGGGCUAUUUGCUCUUGGUGCUGGGCAGGGCUUAAUUGGGUGGUGGAUGGUCAAGAGUGGUUUAGAGGAGCCCGCAUCUGAGUAUGCUGAACCAAGGGUAAGCCCUUACCGCCUAGCAGCUCAUUUGACUUCGGCCUUUGUCAUUUACUCUGGGCUCUUUUGGACGGCACUUUCUGUUGUUAUGCCUGAACCUCCUGCGGAAUCUGUAGCCUGGGUUCAAGGGGCAGCAAAAGUCAAGCGUCUUGCCCUCCCUGUAAGUUUUCUUGUUGGGAUCACAGCCGUCUCAGGAGCAUUUGUUGCCGGAAAUGACGCCGGACGUGCCUUUAAUACUUUCCCAAAAAUGGGUGAUACAUGGAUUCCGGAAGAUGUAUUUAACCUGAAGCCGCUAGUGAGGAAUUUCUUCGAGAAUACGUCCAUGGUGCAGCUUGACCAUCGAAUUCUCGCUACUGCAACCUUAUUUUCUAUUGGUGGCUUGUGGUGGUCAAGUAGAAAACUUGAUAUACAUCCUGCAAUACGAUCUCUAAUAGGAAGCACCAUGGGCAUGGCUGCUCUUCAGGUUACCUUGGGGAUAUCAACUCUUCUCUCGUAUGUACCGGUUUCACUAGGCACUGCUCAUCAGGCUGGAGCUCUCACUCUUUUAACCCUAAUGAUUCUUCUCAACCACACAUUGAGACGGCCUUCAUUACAGCUUCUCAAAACGCUUCCUUCCGUAGUGAAAACUGCCUGAUAGGUUAGCUUUGAU